AUGGCUAUGCAGUCUCAAUUCUCCGCUCAAAACGAUAUCUACAACUUCCGGAAGAAGCUUCAUGCUAAAUUCCUUGCCGGCCGUACUCCGCUUCAAGCUCUAUUGAUAGAGCUUCUAAAGGACGGCGAAUGGAUCUUUAAGUAUAAAGUUGACGAUAAGAAUCAUGUUACAGCCCUCUUCUAUAUAUAUAAGACGAGUAUAGCAUUACUUAAGACAAAUUCAUGGGUUAUUUCAAUAGAUUGCACCUACAAAACUAACCGGUACGGCCUUCCAAUACUCGAUAUCGUCGGCUUCACUGCUACGGGCUCAACCUUUUACGUCGGCUUCGCCUUCAUAAAAGACGAGAAGGAUAAUAGCUACGAAGUCAUUUUAAGCUAUCUUACAGAGGCUUACGAAGCUCUCGGCCUUUAA